UUCCUGGAAGGUUCCCACACAAUGUGUAGACCUUGGAUAAAGUAAACCUAAAAACGCGUAAAGCUGGAAUGCAAUUCUAUGGGUAGAUCUGAGCUUCAUUUUUAUAUGUAGGUGUUACUGAUUGGCAUUCCUUCUUCUUAGUCCUGUUACUGCACAAAUCUGACCUUUGUGAUAAUUAUACAGGCCCUUUGAGCUAUAUUCUUAUCAUCUCUUCCACUUGCAACUAUGAAAAGAUCUUACUCAAUGUUCUCUUCUUCUUCUUCUUCUCGUAGAACAGAAUAUGAUGUGUUUUUGAGUUUUAGGGGUGAAGACACCCGCAACAAUUUUACAAGUCAUCUCUAUUCUGCUCUUUGUCAGAAAGGAAUCUACACCUUCUUAGACGACGAUAAACUUGAGAGAGGCAAAUCCAUUUCCCCAGAACUGUUGAAAGCCAUCGAAAAUUCACGCUGUUCGGUCAUUAUUCUCUCGGAAAACUAUGCUUCUUCGAGUUGGUGUUUGGAUGAACUUGUCAAGAUUCUUGAUUGCAGGGAAGCCUAUAAACAGAUUGUUCUGCCAAUUUUCUACCAUGUGGAUCCAUCUCAUGUACAGAAGCAGAUUGGAAGUUUUGGAGAACCAUUCCACAGAUAUGAACAAGAUUUUAGUCAAAAGGUGCAGAAAUGGAGGAAUGCUUUAACACAAGUUGCCAGUCUUGCUGGAUGGGCUUUACAUGAUGGGAAUGAAGCAAAAUUUAUGCAAGACUUUAUCGCAAAGGUAUCAAACAAACUUGGUGUUGCACAGUUAAACAUUUCAGAGGACCUUUUUGGUAUGGAUUCACGACUAGAGAAACUAAAUGUUUGUGUUUGUACUUCAUCAUUGGAUAAUGUUCACUUUAUUGGAAUUUGUGGGUUGGGAGGAAUUGGGAAGACAACUCUUGCCAAAGCUUAUUAUGAUUGGAUGUCUUCUCAAUUUGAAGGUUGCAGCUUCCUUACAAAUAUUAGAGAAGUUUGUGAAAAGAAGGAAAAUGGUCUUGUGUAUUUGCAAAAUCUUCUCCUUUCAGAUAUUCUAAAUGGUUUGCCUACAGAAAUAAGGGAUAUUCAUAAAGGAAUGGACAUGAUAAGAAGUAAGUUAUGCCAUAAGAAAGUACUUGUUGUCCUUGAUGAUGUUGACAAAUUAGACCAGCUAAAAGCAUUAGCUGGGAAAAAUAAUUGGUUUGGCUCUGGAAGUAGAAUAAUUGUAACUACUAGGGACGAAAGUUUGCUUCUAAGUACAUAUAUAGAGUGUAGAAUAUAUAGAGUUGAGGAAUUGAGUUAUAGCGAAGGUCUUCGACUUUUUUCUCACAAAGCCUUCAAAAGUACUCAUCCUUCAAAGCAAUAUGAGAAGUUGUCUAAACAAGUGAUAGCUUAUGCUGACGGUCUUCCACUAGCUUUAGAAGUACUAGGUUCCUUUUUAUGUGGAAAAAGUGUAAAUCAAUGGGAAAGUGCUUUGGAUAGGCUGAAGGAGUAUCCAAACAAGGAGAUUACGAAAGUACUUCAAAUCAGUUUUGAUGGACUUGAGGAAAUAGAGAAAAGUAUUUUCCUAGAUAUUACAUGCUUCUUCAAUGGAUUUGAAAAAGACAAUAUUAUUCAAAUUAUGGAUAGUUGUGGUUUCUUUCCAGAAAUCGGGAUAAGAGUUCUUAUUGAUAAAUCUCUCCUACAUGUUGACAAUUAUGACAAAGUUCGGAUGCAUGACUUAUUGCAAGCGAUGGGAAGGGAAAUUGUAAGGGGAAAAUCUCGCCAUGAACCAGGAAUCCGCUGUAGAAUAUGGGAUUAUGAUGAUUUAUGUCAUGUUCUAGAGAAAAACACGAUAAGAGGCUUCUCACAUAAUUAAAACCAUGAGUUUUGGCAUUCGUAUUUCAUAAUAUUUCAAUUUUAUAAAUUCAGUAUGUUGUAAUUUUGAGGCUAUUAUAUUUUUAUCUCCUUGUUCAUUUUAACGAUUAUUACUAUUUAUUUUUGGCAACAGUAAUAUAUUUAGAUGAUUUUGAAGGUUGUAAUUACAAGGAAGUAACAAAAUGCAUUUAAAUCCUUUUCAUUUGGCAUGUUUGAAAUACCAACGUGUUUUUAUAAAUUAUAUAUAUACAGUUUUUAUGCGGCAUUCGGCUGUACAUUA